GAUGUUAUAGUUUUUUGACUUGAGGUUUAGAGAUGUGAUCCACUCUAACAAACAUACCAUUUCUACUAAUAUAUUUGAAGUUCAAAUUAAAUGUGAUAAAUUGUAAUGAAAUAAUUGAUCUUCAGGAUAAUCUAUCUGCUUGUUUUUUGAUAGAGAAGGUGUCUUUUCCCCUUCACAGCUGUGAUUUGAUGAUAGAUGGAGCGUGCUACACUGUCUCUUCAGAGGCGGACUCCUACUAUGGAGCCCAGAGUCACUGUCAGAGUCUUGGGGGAAUUCUGGCAGAAAUCCACAGUCAGAAGGUUCAGGACAUCUUGGCUUUUUAUCUCAGUGAGCUCCAGGCGAGCAAUGAAGUCACCCACGCUGACUCUGAAACUGGAAACUUCUGGAUAGGUUUAACAUACAAGUUUCCUAAAGACUCAUUUCGCUGGGACUCAGGAGAAUCGCUGCAGUUCAGCAGCUUUGCCUUCAGGCAGCCUGAUAGCCAGGGGUAUGAGGGAUAUUUGGAACUUAUGUGGAAUUCUGCAGAAUGCAUCAUGAAUGGGGUAGCUUAGCUAAAUGCAUUUGGAUGUAAAUGAGGAAUCAUUUUUCCAAAAAAAAAGUGUCAGUGAGAAUUUCAGAUGUUUUUCUG